GAAAUGCUUCGACUUUGACAUACGACAAGUAAAAUUGUAAGCGAGCAGGAACGUGGAGUUUUUUUACACGAGUAGAAUAUUUAAAUAUUCUUUCCUGAAAACUUCACUUUGUUGACUAGUCAAAAUAUUCAAGGUCAUGGAAGGUCUUUAUCCAAGUCUUCAAGAAAAGUUCAAGAGUGAAGGUAUUUGUCCAAUUUGUAUGAUGACUAUGGAGUCAACUCUCAAGUACUCAUGCAUGAAUGGCCAUGCAGUUUGUCAUCGGUGUAAGCCUUACUAUUUUGCCUGUCCUACAUGUCAAUCAUCUCUGGAUGUAGAAAUUCAUCCAUCUGAAAUGGGUCAAUAUCAAAUGCCACCAGCUAUGCAUUAUAUGCCACACCCGUAUCCGCCAUAUCCUCCAAGCACCUUUCCAUCAGCUCCGUUUAUUGAAGGUGAACGUGAACACCGGUGGUGUCCAUCACCACCUACAGAACAUCAAGAACUUUUUCCCUGCAGAUAUUCUCAUCUUGGCUGUUAUGCCAAAGUUCCAGAAUACCUUCGAGAACUGCAUGAGUCACGUUGUCAGCUGCGUCCUAAUCUAGAAGAUGAACAUCUUCCCACUGAUUUAUCAACCGACGAAGGUGCUUUAGAAAACUGUAAAUAUAGCGUAGUUGGCUGCAACGUUAGACUUCCUGAAUGGAGGAAACUUGUACAUGAAGAAAUCUGUAUAUACAAAGACCGACUAGAAGCUUUGGAAAGUGUCCAACACAAUCUAGGUUCUCUAAGCUUUGACGAUGUAGAUCCUGAAGAGAAAGUAGAAUGCAAGUUUUAUAGAUAUGGCUGCAUGGUGAAAAUGCCAAGACGUCGGAAGCACCUGCAUGAACAAAAGUGUAAUUAUCAAAAGCACUAUCGUGAAGAAGAUUUUGGCGAAACAAUAUCACAUAAUACUGAAUACGAAGCUGAUCCAGAUGAGAAAGUAGCUUGUCGUUGGUCCGAUUAUGGAUGUCAAGUUCAACCAAGACGAUGUAGGAAGGAGAAUCAUGAAGAGAAAUGUAAUUAUCGCAGAGAAAAAUGUACUUUUGCUUAUAAUGGGUGUUUUGAAAUGGUUGAACCAUGUAAAAAACAUCUCCAUGAAUCAUCUUGCUCAUAUAAUUAUUGAAAAAAGUAUGCUUGAAAAUUUAAUUUAAAUAAUGCAGUAAUCUAAUUAUAAAAAAAAGAAAGUAAAAAAUGAAGAUAAAAUAUU